UUAUGAAGAGACGUCGACUCCUUCACCAUGUUGCUCUCCUUGUUGCUGCUGCUGCUGGUCAGCGGUUCACAAGCCACUCAUUUUCUGGGUACCAUGAUGACCUACUACCCAGAGGAAACUCGUGCAGACGGCUCAGUUUCAGUGAUCCUUCGCUACAAGCUGAAUUUUGUUUUGUGCUCACAUAGUGAUACAUGGCAAUGUAAUGGAAACUGUGGAACACAAACCCAGACACUUGGUUUGUCUGUGGUUGAGGAAGUAAGCGGUGAAUGGUGUCAGAGAGAAGAAGUGAUAACUCGUCUGCUCCCCAACAAUAAUGGAUUUCAGACUGUGUUGGACAAUUUUGCCUGGAUCAAUAACAUACAAAACGGGAUUUCAAACUGGAGAGCUGUGACUGAUGUUGAAGUGAGGAACCGGUCCGACAUCGGAAAACCCAACACAUCCCCACAGACCACCAUCCUCCCUGCUCUGAGAAUUCCUUCAAACUGUGCCAAAAACAUAGAUUUAUUGGCCUUUGACCCCGAUGGAGACGAAGUGAGAUGCAGAUAUGGAAACACAUCAGAUUCAGAGUGCAACCCGUGUUCACCGCCGUCUGUCCUCAGCGUCUCUUCUAACUGUUCUCUGUCAUUCAGCCCCACCUACAGCAACUCUGAGCUUCCAUACGCCGUCCAGUUGGUGAUCGAGGAUUUUCCCACCCAGGACAUAAAUUUGAUUCAAACUGACGGAUCACAGGAGGUGAAAACUACCAAUGACGCCAUCAGCAAGAUACCUCUACAGUUUGUUUUGAAAGUGGGUCCACCGGUGCCGUCCUGUGCAAAAGGCGACUAUCUGCCCAGAUUUCUGUCUCCAACUCCAGAACACAGAGCUCAGCUCUACGCCCCCGCUGGUCAGACUCUGGUAAUCAACAUCAGCGCUGAGGCGACUCAGUCUAACAUCAACGGCCUCCUGUACAGCGGACCUCACAACGCGGUGAAGGCUUCAUUGGGAUCAGGAAGCUUCUCUCUGACCUGGACGCCGUCUGCCAGUGAGGAUGGACAGAGCCACCCCAUCUGUUUCGUCGUCCAGGCAAAUUAUUUGACUACUUCGCUGCACUCUGACCUUCGGUGUGUUAUCGUGACGGUUGGAUACGGCCCACCAUAUAUUACGGCUCUGAACCUGAAGAUCUCCACCACGCUGUCAAUGGAGGAUGAUUCUGACGCCAUCAUGGCUCUGAUCAAAGACACACUGGUUAACGAAGGGCUGCCUUCGACCAUAAGUCUUCGCCUCCUGAGCAGCGGUCAAGUGGUCGUCACAACACCGAGCCCCUAGAGGAACAUCACGAAGAACUAACUGAUCGCUGAAGGGAAAUAUAUAUUCAGAAGACAUAAAUACCUUUUUGGGGGGAUGAUUUUUAUCCAAAA